AUGAUGAGUACGACACCUUCAAUAUCGGAAAAACUUCAUGUUGGUCUCUAUUGUAUGGAUUGUGCUUGUCAAACAGACCGAGAUGAAAUCAUUCAACUGAAAAGUACAACUAAAUUAUUAAAAAAUGUUCAUCAUGAAAUUGAAUUAGUUAAAAAUGAAUUAACUUUCACUCGUGAUAGUUUACGUUCAUCAUUCUACGAUGAAUCACAAGCAAAUGCAAAAACAAUGUAUUAUCAAUUAAUUGAUAGACUUGAUGAAAUGAGAAAAAAUCAUACGAAAGCACUUGAAGUAUUACGACUUUCAUAUCGUAGUCAAUUACAAGAUUUUAUUUCACAAGCAAAAAAUAUUAUUAAUAUUGAUAAAUCUGCAUCAUCGGAAUCAGCUUCUCAAAAACAACGAGCAGCACAUGAUAAUUUAGAAAAAACACUUUUUAAUCAAGCAGCAAUUAAAGGUUAUGAAAAUGAAAUAAAUAAUUUAAAAAAAGAAAUUGAACAACUACAAGAAACAUCACAACAUGAAAUUAAAUUAGCUACAGCUUUUCUUAAUGAUGAAAAAACUCGUUUAAAUAAAGAAUUAUCUAUUGCUAAUCGUAUAAUAAGUCAAUUCGAAGAAACAUUAACGAAAAAAGAUGAACAAAUACGAGAUCUUAAGUCUGAUUUAUCUACUCUUCAACUUAAAAUGAAAGAAGCAAAAAAAGUUGUAGUACGUGAACCGGAACCUCCACCAGUUGUAAUAACACAAACACGUUUAACACAAACUGAUCCAUGGACACCACCAGCAGCACCACCACCACCGCCACCUAAACCAGAAGUUCCUCAAAAAGAAGUCUUAGUAAUGAAGAAACCAACAGUGAUAACACUCGAAACUGAACAACAAACAAAAGCAAAUAUCGAAGCAAUCGAAAAUCGAUAUGAAGCAAUGCUCGAUCAAAAAGAUGCUCAAAUACAACAAUUAAUGCUAGAAAUGAAUAAUCAAUCAAAAGCACUUCGAAAUAAUAAAGUUGAUAAACCUACAGUAACUGAAGAACGUCAUAGAAAUGAAAUGAAACGAUUUACUGAAAAACAUAAACACGAAAUUCAAAUGUGGGAAACGAAAUAUGAUAUACUUCAUCGAAGCAUGAUGGUUUUACGUGAUGAAAUGUAUACACGACAAACACGUAUUCGUGAUCGAUUUAAUGGUAAACCAGCUGUUUCAACAUAA